CGGGACUCGGAGCGGGACUCGGUGCCCCUCCCCCCUCCUCUCGGUGGUCUGGGCGACGUUCUGCGGGAUGGCGGCUCUGCGGCAGGACGCGGGCCGCGCCGCGCGACGUGCGUGAGGAUUUCAGUGCGGGAACAAGCCCUGCGAGGACGGGGCGACUUCCGGUGGUCAGGUGGGGGCUGAGGAUGCGGUGCUGAGCGAGUCCUGACAGUCACCAUGGCGACAGUGGGCGGCGGCCAGGCGUGCGGCGCCCAGGACAACUGUUCGUCCGACAGCGACUCCAAGGCCUACUGCUACUCGGCCAGGAUCCGCAGCACCGUGCUGCAGGGUCUGCCUUUUGGGGGCGUGCCUACGGUCCUGGCCUUGGACUUCAUGUGCUUCCUGGUCUUGCUCUUCGUCUUUUCCAUCCUGCGAAAGGUGGCCUGGGACUACGGCCGUCUGGCGCUGGUCACCGACGCCGACAGCCGAAGACGGGACCGAGAUAACUAUGAGCCUGUCAGAAGUGUGGCGUCAGCGAUGCAUUCAGACACUCCUGAUCGCUACGAACGUCUCACCUCCGUCUCCAGCUCUGUGGACCUGGAACAACGUGACAAUGGCUUCUGCUCCUGGCUGACGGCCAUCUUCAGAAUCAAGGACGAGGAGAUUCGAGAGAAGUGCGGAGAAGACGCCGUCCAUUACUUGUCCUUCCAGCGACACAUCAUCGGACUCCUGGUGGUGGUGGGAGUUCUCUCUGUGGGCAUCGUGCUGCCCGUCAACUUCUCUGGAGACCUGCUGGAAAACAACGCCUACAGUUUUGGUCGCACCACCAUAGCCAACCUCAAGUCUGGGACCAACCUGCUAUGGCUCCACACGUCCUUCGCCUUCAUGUACCUGCUGCUCACGGUCUACAGCAUGAGGAGACACACGUCCAAGAUGCAUUACAAGGAAGACGACCUGGUGAAACGCACGUUGUUCAUUAACGGCAUCUCCAAGUAUGCCGAAGAGUGUCAGAUCAAAGAACACUUUGAGCAGGCGUACGAGAACUGCACGGUUCUGGAAGCUCGCAUCUGCUACAACGUGGCCAAGCUCAUGGCUCUGAAUGCAGAAAGGAAGAAGACGGAGCGCAGCAAGAAGUUCUUCACCGACCUGAUGGCCAAGGAGCACGUUCCAACCAUGAUCAACCCCAAACCCUGCGGACAUCUCUGCUGCUGCGCCAUCGCCGGCUGCGAGGAGGAGGAGGCGGUCAGCUACUACACCAACAGGGAAGCCAAGUUGAAGGAGGAGUACAGGAAGGAGAAGGAGAAGGUCCACACCAAACCACUGGGCAUGGCUUUCGUCACCUUCCAGAAUGAGGCCAUGACUGCCAUAAUCCUGAAGGACUUCAACGCUUGUCAGGUCCAAGGGUGUCGCUGUCGUCAGGAACCUCGCUUGUCGCAGUUCAGCCAAGUUCUCCACGUGCACCACUGGAGCGUCUCGUACGCGCCCGACCCUCAAAACGUGCGCUGGGAGCACCUGUCCCUGGGCGGAGUCUCCUGGUGGAUCCGCUGCUUGAUCAUCAACUGCAUCCUCUUCCUCCUGCUCUUCUUCCUCACCACGCCCGCCAUCAUCAUCUCCACCAUGGACAAGUUCAACGUCACCAAGCCUGUGGAGUACCUCAACAACCCCAUCGUCACCCAGUUCUUCCCGACUCUCCUCCUCUGGGCCCUCUCCGCCCUGCUGCCCACCAUCGUCUACUACUCCGCUUUCUUCGAGGCGCACUGGACCAGGUCUGGAGAAAACCGGACUACGAUGCACAAGUGCUACACCUUUCUGAUCUUCAUGGUCCUUCUCCUGCCCUCUCUUGGACUCAGCAGUCUGGACGUUUUCUUCCGAUGGCUCUUUGAUAGAAAGUUUCUGGACGACGCCACCGUCCGCUUUGAGUGCGUCUUCCUGCCGGACAACGGAGCCUUCUUCGUCAACUAUGUAAUCGCCUCGGCCUUCAUCGGGAACGCCAUGGACCUGCUGCGCAUCCCGGGCCUGCUCAUGUACAUGAUCCGACUGUGCUUGGCGCGCUCGGCCGCCGACCGCCGCAAUGUCAAGAGGCAUCAAGCGUACGAGUUCCAGUUUGGAGCGGCGUACGCCUGGAUCAUGAACGUCUUCACCGUGGUGAUGGCCUACAGCAUCACCUGUCCCAUCAUCGUACCCUUUGGUCUGAUGUACAUGCUUCUCAAGCACCUGGUGGACAGGUACAACAUGUACUACGCCUACCUGCCGUCCAAACUGGACAAGAAGAUCCACUCAGGUGCUGUCACACAGGUGGUGGCCGCGCCCAUCCUCUGCCUUUUCUGGCUGCUUUUUUUCUCCACCAUGCGCACAGGUUUCGAGACACCGACGUCCAUGUUCACACUGGUAGUUCUGGUGGUGACCAUCGUGGUGUGUUUGUCCCACGUGUGUUUCGGACACUUCAAGUACCUGAGCGCUCACAACUACAAGAUCGACACCAAGGACUCUGACGCCGAAGCGGUGGAGAACGGUCGUCCGCCCCGCACGUCGGCCUCGCCCCCCUCCAAAUCUCAGCAGCAAAUGUACAUCGCUCAGGUGCUUCAGGACCCCAACUCGGACGAGCCCGGCGAGGACCGGGCGUCGUCCCAGGAUGAAGAGUUGCUCAACGGAGGAAACAACAUCAACGAGGCGGAUUUCCAGUCAGGGGAGGACAGUCUGAUCGCCAACGAGGUCCGCCCGUAGCGAGGGGUGGAGCUCGAGGGAGGGGGCGGAGACAGUUGGCGUUCCUUGUGCUCAACACCACGCGAUGCUAGCUCCUCCCCUUCCUAGCUGGAAGACUUGACCCUGAUCUCGGACGUCGGAACAGAAACACUUGAGUGGCGGCUGAGGGUGGAAGUUCACGCUCCCCGGAUCGUCGGCCGCCAACGCCGCGCCUCGCCGACCGCCAUUUGUCGUCGUGAUAGAAGCUUCGCUCGAGUCUCCUCUUUUUUUCCCUGGGUUGAAGCUGGAGGAGUUUCUCUGCAUGUCAGUUGGACUCCACGUGGCCUCCUCUGGAAGAUCCUUUCUACCUUGUUCCUGGUGCUUCUUCCACCUGCACCCUCCUUCCUGGUGCUGAGUUAGCCUAGCUUAGCCACCUGCUAAGCUAGGCCAGGGGUCGGCAACCUUUACCAGUUAAAGAGCCAUUUUGACCAGUUUCACAAAUGAUAGAAAACAAUGGGAGCCGCAAACAUUUUUGAAAUUUUACAUGAAAUAACACUGCAUACAAAGUUUUUUUUUGGCUUUCUGCUAUGUAUAAACCAGGGGUCUCAGAUACGAUGCCCACACCUUUUUAUGGAAUUUUUAAGCUGGUGCGGCACGCGGGCUUUAAAUGAAUAGCAGUUGUCAGCGUCAUGCGUGCCGUGUUGGUACAGCAUAUUGCGCCCACUACAACCAGCGUGCCUGAUCAGCCACAUUUUGAAUGGGGCUUCCGCUUGCUCACGUAGGUGACAGCAAGGCAUACUUGUUCAACAACCACACAGGUUACACUGACGGUCACGGUAUAAAAAAACUUUAACACUC